UCGUGCCUCACGUUAGUGCCUCGGCCGCGCACGCCAGCGAUAAUACGCCUGCGCUCAACACGAUCGCGUAAAUACAAAAAACAUCGUGCAGUGUUAGUGUUCAAGUAAUAAAUUGACUAAACAAACAUUGGUGAACAUUGAAUUAACUUAUGUGAUUAAAGAUGACGCUGAAACUCGACGCACGAGAGAUAGAAGAAACGAAUAACUCAUUACAUUGUGCAUUUUGCUGACGUCACACAAGAUGGAGGGAAUGCGUGUGACCCAUCAGGGCGUGCGGGCGCAUUCGGCUGAAGGUUCCGCGGGUCGUAUCACCCAAGCGGGCCUAGCCGCGCGCAGCCCUGAAGGCACCGCUGCUAAGGGGAUGGCUAUUAAGGGCCAUGAAGACCUUUGGGUGGAAAUACAAGCUAAUACGUUUAGAAAUUGGGUGAACGAAACAUUAAAACCGAUGAAUAUAAAGGUAGUAGAUUUAGUGGAAGACUUAAGAGACGGGACAGUGCUAUGUGCUCUAGUCGAAGCACUUCAAGGCAGACGACUGAAAGGCUGGAGCAAGAACCCCACCAAUCAACACCACCGGUUGGAUAACGUCACAACUGCAUUACAAGCAAUUGAAGACGACAGCAUCAAGCUAGUCAAUAUAGGUAAUGUGGACAUCGUGAAUGGAAAUCUCAAGUUAAUAUUAGGAUUAAUAUGGUCUCUUAUAGUGCGCUAUCAAAUUGGCAGGAGCAAGUUCCCACCGAGGAAACUGAUGUUAUCGUGGCUGCAAGCAGCUUUGCCCGAGUGUCGAGUCAGCAAUUUGACGACGGAUUGGAAUAGCGGGGUUCUGCUAUCGGCUCUUCUCGACUAUUGCAAACCGGGCGUGUUCCCACAUUGGCGCGAACUCAAUCGUCAUGAAGCGAUAGAAAAUUGUAGACGAGCCAUGAAGUUAGCCCACCGUGAGUUCGAAGUACCCAUGGUGUUAGAGCCUGAAUAUCUAGCGUCGCCAUGGCUGGACGAGCUCUCUGGCAUGACGUAUCUAUCGUACUUCAUGAAGCCUGACUCGCCUGGCUUCCGCGCUACGCUGGACUGGGUUAAUUCUAAGCUAGAGAGAGGAGUUACUAACUUCACGACUGAUUGGAACGACGGGAGGGUGGCCAACGAGCUGGUGCGCACCAUGGGCGGUCCAGCACCGCCGCCCAGCAGACUGCGACGAGAUCCUGCCAAGUGGGAGGAAAAUAACCAGCAAGCUAUUGAUGCAGCUAAGAAAAUUGGAGUCCAGCCGGUCCUUUCCGCGCGCGACAUGAGUCAAAACGACGUGGAGCACCUGGGCGUGAUGGCGUGGGCGUCGCAGUUCCGGAACGUGCCGCCGCGGCCGCCGGUGCACGAUAUGCUACGUGUUGCACUUGACUCCACAUCUGGUAGAGUCGGAGAGCCUACGUACAUCAAAGUUGAAAGCAUAUCAAAUGAGCUGUCGAUCUCCGACGUGAGAGUAUCAAUAGUGAAUCCAUUGGAAAAAGAAUCAAGACUGAAGUUGGACUCGCGGGGCGCGGGCGAGUUCGUGCCCGAACACGCAGGCAUGCAUGAAAUUGUUCUCACAGUUGACGACAUCAGAGUGGACGGAAAAUAUUUCUUCCGAGUGCUACCAAGAUUGGUAACAGUCCCGCCGCCGGGCAUGGCGCCGUGCGCUGCGGGCAGCAUUGUCGAAGUGCUGGUUAGCGCUACAGGUGCACCAAGAAGAGAAGGAUGCGGAGUCAAAGGCGACCUGCAGCUAGAUAUUGUUCACGACAAACGAAGCGUCAUGUGCGCGCUGGAAAAACUCUCUCAAACCAAAUACCGCGCCACUUUCAUGCCUAAAGCACCGGGUAAACAUCGGCUUUACAUAUAUUUCAAUGGGUACGACGUGCACGGCUCGCCGCACAUAUUCAGAGUAGGCUCGCGAUCAAAGAAACCUCGUGACAGCGCCAGCCCCUCCUACGCCAGGAUAUCUAGUCCAGUGACUCGACUGCGCUCGGAAAGUCCACUCAAUCAAUUCAACACAUACGAUACAAAACGUAACACGAGCUCAAUAGACCGUCGCGAAGAGGGCCGAGAAUCCGAAUACUACAAGACAUUUUCCGAUGUUAAGGAGAAGAGCUACGACGUCAUAGACUCGUACACUUCAACAAAUAGAAAGGAUUACACGAAAUAUGAAUCUGAGAGUCCGAGGAAUCGCACUGCGAGCCCUAUAACGUCGAAGCAUUUGGGAAACGGGACGCGUCUAGAUGUGAAUAGGUCUAGCAGUCCGUUCAGAGGCGGCAGCCCGUACCGAGCGACGAGUCCCAUCGGCCGCACGUCCAGCCCACUCACGAGGAAGGACAGUCCGCUGAAUAGGACGGCUAGUCCAAUUAACAGAGUGGCCAGUCCAACAGAAAGAUAUAGUCCCAUCACAACAACGAAGCGUGUUAUUGAGAAACGAUCCAAUUACAAGAUCUACAGUUCGUACAGCGGCUCGCAGGAGAACCUCGAUCAAAGCCCGCUUUCGUCUUUAGAAACAGAAAAAGUACGCGGAUAUAAUAGUCCAAGUGCAGUUGACGGGAGCGAUCCCGGAGGAAAGGCGUACGUCAGUAGGAAAGAUUCAUGGGAUACUGUGGAGAAAACUAGGCAAAUGUUGAGCACUAACAGCCUAGACCCGGUCGGCUCAACGGAGCGUCACUACACUAAAUCGGGCCAGAAUACAUUGGACCGCGAAACGCAACGCAACACGCAACUGAACAGGUUCAGCGAUUACACGCGCGACACCUUUAACAGACAACUCGACCGGUUAGCCGAUGACCGGGAAGCAGACUAUACCACAAGGGAAGAGUAUAAGCGCGAAGUGCGUGAGAGCUCUUACGUGGUGCGCGACUCCUCGUACAGUACGGUGGAGGAGAAGCAGCAACAAGAGCAGUCUUUUUUAUCCAAUAGGCCCCCCCGCGACCCUACCGGGGGGGCCCAUACUGAAACGGAUGCCGCGCAUGCUCGUUUCAGAUUAGAUCAAAGGGAAAACAAUAAAGGUGCCAAAGGAAUAAUAAUUAAACCGACCUUCAAAGGAAUCGUCGGUCGUCCUGUAGAAUUUAUAGUGGAUGGCGGUUCAGCGGGACCUGGUGAGCUAGAACUGGAAGUAUCCAGUGGUAAUGGAACUCUAGUCGCAAGCUCUGUAAAAGCACUGGGAGGUCAGCGGUACGUGGCUUCGUUCACCCCACGCAUACUACACCCACACUCCGUUCGCGUCACCUUCAAUGGCGAACAUGUUCAAGGAUCUCCGUGGAAGGUCGAGGUGAUGGCGGGGCCGGCGGGCGGCGGAGGCGGGGAACCCACGCGACUCAUCCCCGCGCGGGUGCCGGCCGUCUUCGAGAUAUCCACGUCGCCGGGCGCGCCCACCUUCAGCAAAAAUGAGGUCGGUGUGACGGUGACCGCGCCGUCACGGCGGCCGGUGUCAGCGCGCGUGCUGGACGUAGCCGAGCGGCCGGGCGUCUACCGCAUUGAGUUCACACCUGAAGAGGUCGGCACACACCUCAUUGACGUUUCAAUUGCUGAGGAUAAGUUAGCGGCCGGUCCUCUGGUGGCCAAAGUGUACGACUCGAGUCUUAUCAAAGUAACAGACGUCGGCAACGCAGUUGUCGGACAACAGUGCCAGUUCAGAGUGGACGCGAGCGCUGCCGGUGAGGGGCAAUUAGAAAUUUCAAUAAAUGAGGGUGAAGUCCCCAAUCACGUACAAGUGGUAGGCGGAGGAAGGUGUUUGGUUUUCUGGAGACCUGAAGCUCCUACGCCUCAUCGAGUAGACAUCAAGUUCAAUGGGGAACCAGUUCCGUUAUCACCGUUCGUCUUUGAUGUAGCCCCCGCACAGAGAGUCACCAUAGACACAUCGCAAAUUGAGUUAAUACCAGUUGGAGAGAUAGCAUCAUGUUCGGUGCGAGUGGAAGGUUCAGGAGGUGGGGAACUGACAGUAACCGUCAGGGGUCCCCGAGGAGAAGUACCUGUGCGCCUCACCGGUGAUGCGGCAUCAGGGCUAGUUGCUAGCUUUACACCGAAAAACGUCGGACCUCACACUCUAACUGCUCAUUAUAACAACCAGCCAGUACCUGGUACACCGUUUGUUUGCAAAGCAUAUGAUGGAAAGUUGGUUAGUGUAAGUGGUGGUGCUUCGGCAAGAGUGGGUGUGCCUGUGCAGCUCGCAGUAGAUGCUGCUCAAGCUGGAGAAGGAAACUUGGAGAUCACAGUAGCCGCAAGAGGGUUAAACAUACCGACACAAGUCCAUCCACAGGGCAAUGCCAGGUUUACAGUCUCCUUCACACCAACUGAAGCAUGUGAACACAUUGUUAAUGUAUCAUUUAAUAAGAUGAAAGUCCCCGGCUGUCCCCUGAUAGUAGCAGUGGCGGAGGGUGGCGGCGGUGGUGCGAGAGUCACUCUGCCUGGCCCCGUGCCGCUACACAGGCCUGCAGCCCUCACGCUGCACCACCCCACUGCCACGCUUGACCAAAUUGAAGUUAAUGUUGAAGGUCCGAACGGCGCGUCCGUGCCGGCGGCGGUGGCGGCGGCGGGCGCGGCCGCGUUCCGCGCGGAGUUCGUGCCGCGCGCUGUCGGCGAGCACCGCCUCAAUGUGCUCGUCGACUCCGUGCCUAUACCUGCCAGCCCUUUCCAUUUAAAGGUAUAUGACGUCUCAGCGAUACGAGUCAAAGAUGUCGCUCAUGGGACUGUUGGAAAACCUGUAACAUUCUUAGUGGAAACGAUGGCUGCGGGGCCGGGCAACCUGGAGCCGAUAUGGAUAGGCAGUCCAUUCGUGUGCCACAUAUCUGCGCCGGCGCGUGUGAUCGGCGCGGGCGCGGGCGAGUCCCCGGACAAGGUGUCUGUGGGCGACGCCUACUCCUUCAGCGUGGACUCACCCGCCUCGCCGCACGUCGACGUCCUCGGGCCCGCCAGGAGACCUGUGCCUGUGCAGGUAUCGGCAGAAGAGACAGUGGGAGAAAACGAAGCCAGUAAAAGAUACACUAUUUCGUUCAUACCAGUCGAUGUUGGCGAUCACAGUAUUGAGGUGCGCGCGGGCAGUAUGGGCGGACACGUGGAGGGCAGUCCGUUCCUGGUGAAGGCGUACAGCGCCGCGCGCGUCUCCGUCACAGACAUAUCGCCCGGCGUCGUCGGCAGACCGGUCUCCUUCACUAUUAAUGCAUCACAUGCUGGUGCUGGUAAUUUGGAAAUAAUCGUCGCUGUCAAUGGUCGGAAUGUCCCGAACUAUGUACAAAGUGAAGGAAAUGCCAGAUUUAAGGUGGGUUAAGUUAGAAAUGGAAUGU